UUGGCAUGUGACGAAGAGGUGAGGGUGAGGGGUGGUUGUUUGGGGUCUUUUUAGGAUUGAGGUAAUGGGGAAUAGAGAAGAUGUUCGAUAUCGGGAAUAGAAAGAUUUAUGAAAUCAAAAAAUUUACAGAAAACGCAAGAAGAAGCUAAAGAUCAAACAAGCUCUAUUAACAAAGCCAAUAUUUCGCCCAUAAAGCUUAACUCAGAAUCAAGUUCUGCACAUAAUGUGAGUCCUAAUCAUUUAAAAACCUUCGUUCCUACCAUUUAGAAUCCUUCCCUUGCUCUCUGACACAUCUGACUCUCAAAGCUAACCAACGAAAAGAAGCUUGGUUGCUCUCAUAGAUUCUGCACAGAAUGUGUUAAGACCCACUUGGUGUACCAGGUGAAAUCGGGGAAAUCAAAGUUCACCUGUCCAACAUGAACAAAGGAAGUGGAGCAUGAAUUGAUCAAAGACUUGGUUCCUUUGAAGGAACAACAAAUGAAAGAGUACCUUGCUGAAAAACAAAAAGUCAUGAAUAAUCCUUCUUUGUAUUAUUGUCCUAGGCCUGAUUGUUGGAGAUACGUACAAAGUGAAUGCACAAUCAGAGGUAAUACAAACAGAGGACAGUGAGAAUGAGGCUACGCCUUCUGAACUGGCUGAGCAGAACCCUAGCAUGAAGGACUAGCAUGUGAAGAUGUCAGAGAUAGAGGACUUGUCGAGUACCAGAAGGCAAAUUUUACCACUUAUUGUCCAAACUGAUAGUGAAUCAUUGAAAAAUAAUGGAGGAUAAUCCCACCUGAAUUGCACAGCAUGUGGGAAAGAAUUUACCAAAGAUGCCAUGGUUAAAUAUCUAAAAUACUCAUCAGCGAGAGGGUCUGAGAAAGAAAGUGAGUGUCCACAUCGACUAAGAGGCAUUAUCAACAUCUUAUAUUGCUCAGUACUUCUUUUCUUUCUGUUCAUUUUAUUGUUUAAAAAGUCCUGUGAAGAUUUUAGACAUCACAGUAAUAAAGGUGGAUUAUUUUGGCUAUUUAUGGGUAUUCUCUGAAUGACUCUUCCAAUUCUAUACCUCCCUUUCUUCAUUUUAAUCUUCCUGAUCGAAGUCUAAGUCUGCCCUAUUAUCUGGGCGGUCAUCACAAGCAUGCUAAAAGAAGACUAAAGUCCUGACUCAUGGCAAUCCUUGGGGGUUUCUCCCAAUAAACAAUAAAUUGCAUUC